GCAAGAACUGCAUGCACAGAGUGGAGCAUGACUUUCCUUCCCAUCACAUAUCACAGAGACAGAUUAAAAUCUUUCACAGCAGAAGGUGAGUUGUCCUGAAGGCUGAUGCCAUACCUGCAGGCCUGCAGCCAGUGUGACAGUUUAACACAAGUCAUGCACAAUAGCAUGGAUCUCUCAAAUAAAUUAUUAGCACUGUGACACACUCAAGGCUUUGGGACCUGCGGCCAACACAGACAAGCUCUUCUCCUGCAGCCCUAGGCCCUGCGUGGAGCUUCCCUCCCCCGAGACUGUUGCAGGACAGGCAGCGCCGGAGGGCAGGUGUGGGUGCUGCUGGGACAACGCGGGCACAAGGACGGAGCACCUGGAGCAGCACAGCAGGUGCUCAGCGCGCUGACCGCAGCCUCAGUAUCCACCCCUCUGGGCAGCGACGGGCUUUAUAGCGCCACCUCGCCACCAGAAGGCCUAAAUCUGCCCUCGGUCCGACGCACGCCAGAUGAGCGCUGGUUAAUGCCCCUUCGGGGAGGCCCUCAUCCCGCGCCGGGCGGGGGAGCCCCGGGCGGGCUGCAGCGCAGGGCAGCAGGCCGGGCGCCGCAGGGAAGUACCGCGGGCAGCGCGUUACUCAGCGGGACGGCGAGUACUUCCCCGCGCCGAGCCCCCCCGGCAGGCGCGGCAGGGAAUUCCGCCGGGCUGGGCUGGGCCGGGCAGAGUUGGGCCGGCCCCGUCCCUCCCCUGCCCGCCCCUGGCGCCGAGCAGGACCGGGCUCGCCCGAGUGGCUGGAAAUUCCCGCGGCGGCGGCUCCUCCCCCGCAGAAAUCCCCUCGCCGGGGUGUAUAGGCGCUCGCUGCCGCCGCCGCCGCUCACUCGCGGAUGCCCGCUUGUCUCGGAACGUCGUCGCCAGCACCAGCAGCCGCGGCGUCGCGCCGCCCCGCCAGCCCCGCCGCCAUGCUUAGCGCCCACCGCCCCGCCGAGCCGCCCGCCGUGGAGGGCUGCGAGCCGCCGCGCAAGGAGCGGCAGGGCGGGCUGCUGCCGCCAGACGACCGCCACGACAGCGGGCUGGACUCCAUGAAGGAGGAGGAGUACAGGCAGCUGGUGCGAGAGCUGGAGGACAUCCGUCUGCAACCCCGCGAGCCGCCCGCUCGGCCACACGCCUGGGCCCAGCAGCUCACCGAGGACGGCGACACUUUUCUCCACUUGGCGAUCAUUCACGAGGAAAAGGCCCUGAGCCUGGAGGUGAUCCGGCAGGCCGGUGGGGACGGCGCUUUCCUGAACUUCCAGAACAACCUCAGCCAGACUCCACUCCACCUGGCGGUAAUCACAGACCAGCCUGAAAUCGCCGAGCACCUGCUGAAGGCUGGCUGCGACCUGGAUGUCAGGGACUUCCGUGGGAACACCCCACUCCACAUCGCGUGCCAGCAAGGCUCGAUCCGCAGCGUCAGCGUCCUCACGCAGCACUGCCAGCCCCACCACCUCCUCGCUGUCCUGCAGGCCACCAACUACAAUGGACAUACAUGUCUCCAUUUGGCAUCUAUUCAAGGAUACCUGGCUGUUGUCGAAUACCUGCUGUCCUUAGGAGCAGAUGUAAAUGCUCAGGAGCCGUGCAAUGGGAGAACAGCACUACACUUAGCUGUAGACCUGCAGAACUCAGACCUGGUGUCACUUCUGGUGAAACAUGGGGCAGAUGUGAACAAAGUGACCUACCAGGGCUACUCUCCAUAUCAGCUCACAUGGGGACGAGAUAACUCCAGCAUACAGGAGCAGCUGAAGCUGCUGACCACAGCUGACCUGCAGAUACUGCCUGAAAGUGAGGAUGAGGAGAGCAGUGAAUCAGAGCCAGAGUUCACAGAGGAUGAACUUAUGUAUGAUGACUGCUGUAUUGGAGGAAGACAGCUGACAUUUUAAAGCAGAAGUUUCUGUGAAAAGUGACUAUGUACAUAUGUAUAGGAAAAAAAGCCUGACUUUCUUCAUUUAAAAAGAAAGUCUAUACUCGAAGGAGAAAAAAGUACUGAGAUACUACACUGCCCAGCCAGGAGCGCGUCAUGCUAACAGGUUCCAUGUUCUGACCUGUACUUCAGUAACAGGAAUGGGAUGUGUAACAUUGUUAAGAGAUCAGUGAAUGUGCACACCAUCUGAUAAAGAGCUACGUUAUCUAAUUUUCUCUGCUGCAUGAGGAUAACAGACUGCACGUCCAAUGUACUGUAAAAAAUACAUUUGAGAGCGGCCUUGUGACACUAAGUGCUGUGAGGAGUGCUCAUCCCCUCGGUGGCAAGACAGGCCUGCACAAACGUCCCAUCUGCUUGAAGACUGUGAAGCUGGCAUUAGGUUAAGGCACUGCUGUGCCCUGCUCCCUGACCCUGGCUGCUCAGGGUUGAGGUGCAGCAGGUGGAGAAGUCUGACCAUGGGAAAGGUGUCCUGGCUGCUGGGAGGAAGGUAGCAAUGAUGUUAACUGUGGGCAUUGGAAACUGUGUGUUUCACACCAUGUGUGUCAUAAUUGCUACACUUUUUAGCAACUGUAAAGAAUGUAAAUACUGUACAUUUUUGUUUAUAAUUAUUUUGGUACCUGUGAGAUAUGUAUUUAUUAAAAAAGGCAAAUUUCUGUA